GUCGAGAAGACCACAGAAAAAUUGAAAUACUAUAUAUUAACCGUACCGCUUCGCUGUUACAUUCUUUGCGUGAGAUCCAUCGUGAAGACCAUCUAUGACGCCCUUAAGGCAGUCUGCACUGAUCUUUGUGCACUCGGAAAAUACGCAGGUAGGUUUUGAUUUAUCGGAACUCGCUUGCAAAGUACGCAGAUAGGUUUUGACUUAUCGGAACUCGCUCGCACUACGAAAAAAACAAAGUGCGGGAUUAAUUGUAUUGCAUUGUACUACCAGCUCGCUCCAGUGUGAUCAUCAUGCGUUUCGUAGUUUUCCACACUUCAACCAACAACCCGAUGAGGCAACUUCAAUCUAUCCUUCUUCAAUCUAACCCGAAAACCUAAAAAGCUGACCUAAAAAGGUGACAGAGACGACUGUUGAUUGAAAGCUGACAGAGACUACGGCGACCAUUUUCUAGUAGAAUUUUUUUUCGUCUCGUCGCUCGGAGACUACUAUUUUUACCUGAGGUUGGUUGUGCAUAACGGUCGCUAUUUGACUAAGUUCCUCGGACUUGAGUAUAGUAAGACAAACUUCUAGGCCUUUUACCAAAAGUAUAAGUAUCUACUUAUAAGACUAACUUCUAGGGCGGCCUUUAUCUCCCUACAGCAACAAAAAAGACGUAGAAAAAAAAAAUGGACGGCACUUCCGGAGCACAGCAGGCUGCGCAAGAUGGCGGCUUGUACGACGACUUCGAUGCGAUGGACCAAAUGGACCAGGAACAACAGGAUGCUGGGAUUUUCGAUGGUACUUCAUUUUUUUCUGCCUAUGUCCUGUCUAGUCCUGUGGUCUGAUACAUCGUAGAUAGUAAAUUCUAUUUCAUUUUGGUAGGCAGUCUCUCACUCUAUCUACGUAUGAUAAUGAUUCGCUCUAAUUUAUUGCUAUAUUUUUGAAUUUGAUUUUCUCAAUUCUACAGAUCAAGCAGCACCGCCACCGCCACCGCAAGUGUCGAAUCGUGGUCUUAAGACGAGCGCAUAUAUGACCAAAUACGAACGGGCAAGGAUAUUAGGUACUUCUAAGUCUUUUGAAUAGCUCUCCCACUAAAGACUUUGUCUCCUUCUCUGCUCUUCUCUCCCACAAAAGAGUUUCAGUUUCACUGCUCUUCGAAGAAACAAGUCGUGUUAUAUGAGUACUUAGUGGUUAUAUCAGAAACAAGUCGUGUUCGAAUUAUGAUUACUUAGUAGUCAUAUGGAUAUGAUAUCAAAUUUGAAAAAAGAUAUACGUUAUGAUUACUUAGUAGUCAUAUGGAUAUGAUUUCAAAAAAAAUAUAUUUAAAAUUUGAAUCUGUCACCUCCAUCUGCUAGGUACGCGCGCGACUCAAAUAAGUUUGAAUGCGCCGAUAUUAGUGCCAUUAGAGGGAGAAACGGACGCUCUAGAAAUCGCCGAGAAGGAACUGCGAAUGGGGAAGAUUCCGUUUAUUAUCCAAAGAAAACUUCCCAAUGGUGAGACAGAAGAAUGGAAGGUCUCAGACUUGAUUGACCCUCACUAAAAAUGUUGAGCUGUUGAUGGAAUCGCAUGAUGACGUUUCAAGAUAUUGAACAUGGUAUUUAAAAACUUUCGAGAUACUGGCGUCUGGCAUGCAGCAUACCCCUACAAAGUGGCUG